CUGACAUCAAAGACUUUCCUGGUACACCCCGGCAAAGCCAAGAACCUUUGCUUCGUGAAGAUCGAGACCGACGAGGGAAUCUACGGCUGGGGCGAGUGCUACACGCAGUCCGACCGCGAUGUGCAGAUUACCGCGCAUGUUGACCAGCUCAAGCGCUACCUCAUCGGGCGCGACCCCACGAACAUCAAGCACUUCACGCAGAUGGCAUUCGACGACUUCGCCGGCAGGCGCGGCUCGAUGGACUACUACUGCGCCAUCAGCGGCCUGGAGCAUGCCAUGUGGGACAUCGCCGGCAAGGCAUACGGCGCGCCCGUGCAUAAGCUCAUCGGCGGCGCAUGCCGCGACAAAAUUCGCGUCUAUGCCAACGGCUGGAGCGGCGGCAACCCCACGCCCGACUCACUGGCAGAGCGCGCAUCCGAGGUCAUCGAGGCGGGCUUCACCGCGCUUAAGUUCGAUCCCAUCCCCGGACGCUGGCGCACCUAUGUCAGCAAGGACGUGGAGCGCGCCGCCGUGGAGAACGACUCGCUCCCAUGCACGCCGUCCGCAUCGCCCACGAAAUCUGAGCAGUACCGUCCCUUCUGGUUCGAAGAGCCCAUUCUCGCCGAGAACAUCCCCGCGCUCGCCUCAGUGCGCCAGAAGAUAAACAUCCCCGUCGUUACCGGCGAGGAGCUUUACACCAAGUUCGAGUUCCGCGAGGUCUUCGAGAGGCAGGCGGCGGACAUCCUCAACCCGGAUGUCUGCAACGUCGGCGGCAUCCUCGAACUCAAGGAGAUGCGGCGAUGGCGGAGCCGUACUUCGUAG